UUUUUAAAGUGGCAUUUAAAAAUAGUGUCAUAAACGACUCGGGGGACAUAAGUUUCCACCUGAUUUUACGUACUUUUAUUAUGUUUCGCGUUGUUGUGACACUAUUUCACGCUGGCAGCUUUUAUCGUGAGUAAAACGGUUUUUUUCCUCCUCUCCGCCGGAGACGUUAGCUUGUCUCCGCCCAGACAUUCCUCUGUCUGCCUGCGCUGUUCUGGGGGGACGAGGACAGAAACGGGACGGAGAGGCUUCUGAAAAGAGUCCGUGGACCCGAACCGGAGAGGAGAUGAUCAGAAACAGCCACAUUUCUCACCUUAAAUCCGAUCAAUCGCGCGUUUAUUGUUGCGUGUGCGUUUCCAGCUGGACGCGAUUUCUGACGUCUGAAUUCCACUUUUAGACGCUCAACAGAAGUUGUUGGAAAGUUUGUUUAGUUUUGAAGUGGCUGCGGAGUGAAAGACCUCUCGGUGGAGGAAUAAAUCGAGUGGACGAGUCGGGCAGGAGGAGAGAAAGUCUGGGUGAAGGAAAUCAUCAUGGAGAUCCUGGACAGCAGCGAAGCGUUUCUCCACUGGGACCGGAACCUGAGCGAGCUGUCCGAGGCCGGAGAGAUCGACUCUGUGCUCUACACUAAUCACUUCUCCGAGCUCCUGGACGACCUUUCCCAGGAUGCUUUGCUAGGCCAGCUGCUAAGCGACCCCUUCCUGUCUGGGGGGAAGUGCGGAGUGGAGUCCAUGGAGGGGGAGGACGGCAGCGAGCUGUCCCCGUCCUCCCCUCUCCCCCCGCACAUCACCGCCGAGCACAGCUAUUCGCUGUGUGGCGACAGUCGACCUCAGUCGCCGCUGUCACACCUGACAGGAGAGCAUGGCAGUGACGCAGCAGAGUCGGACGGAGAUUCAGCGGAGUGGGCCAUGGAGCAGGAGGACGCCAUCGAGAGCCUCCUGUGCGAGACUCCCUCUCUGCUCCCUGCAAUCUCCCUCUCUGUGUCCUCCUGCGAGGGGCCCCAGGAGGCAAAGGGCCCCGCUGUGGCUCCCGCAGCUCAGACGGUGACCGGCAGCAACAACCAGGUCAAAACUAUUAAGAUUAAAGAGGAGAAUAUAAUCCCUCAGAUUAAGCUGGAGCCUCAUGAAGUGGACCAGUUCCUCAAUCUUUCCCCCAAAGGUCUGGACUCUCUGCAGAUGCCUCCCACUCCUCCCAGUUCCCAUGGCAGCGACUCCGAGGGCAGCCAGAGCCCCGUCCACGCCACAUCCACUCUGUCCUGCCCCUCCAGCCCCCCUCCAUCCCAGACCAGCGCCAAAGUGUCUCCUCGAGCUGCGUCCUCCCUGUCCAACUCCCCUCUGCUCACCGCUCCUCAUAAACUGCAGGGAUCUGGUCCUCUGAUCCUGACCGAGGAGGAGCGUCGGACGCUGGUGGCCGAAGGUUACCCCGUUCCCACCAAACUGCCGCUCACCAAAGCCGAGGAGAAGGCGCUGAAGAAGAUCCGGAGGAAGAUCAAAAACAAGAUUUCGGCUCAAGAGAGUCGCAGGAAAAAGAAGGAGUACAUGGACGCUCUGGAGAAAAAGGUGGAGACGUGCUCCAAUGAAAACCACGAGCUUCGCAGGAAAGUGGAGACUCUGGAGUGCACUAACAAGUCUCUGCUGCAGCAGCUGCAGUCGCUGCAGGCGUUGGUGGCAGGAAAAGUCCACAGGUCUUGCCGGGUCGCCGGCACCCAGACGUCAUCGUGCCUAAUGGUGGUGGUUCUGUGUUUCGCUCUGUUUCUGGGGAGCUUUUACCCGAGCGGCUUGUCUCCGUGUUCAAGUGUCGCUGAAACGGGCGUCUCGUCCAGUCAGAUGUCUGUGAAAGAGUCCUACACAGCUACAGUGAAGUCCAGAAGUUUGUUAUCGACCUUCGAGGAUGAGCAGCCACACCUCCUUGGUCUGGGCGGCGAAUAUCCCGACCAGUGGGAGGACACGCCAGCUGUCGUCAUGGCGGCGUGGCGUCGCUCGGAGCAACAGAAACAGGGGGCGGAGUCCAGCAGAGCGGAGACACACCCACCUUUCAGGAAUAAAAGCAACGACACACAGGAAAACCUGCUCCUGGACCUGCACAGGUCUCUGGAGUGGAGGGUGAACGAGAGCAGCAAUAAAGUGAUCGAACUGGACCGCUCAGUCAACGAGACCUCCUGAGGUUCCUGCGGAGAGUGUUCAGUGUCCUGAAGCAAACCUCCAACAUCAGAUCGGCGUCGCGGCUCAAUCCCAUACACUGUAGAGGUAGAAAGGAUGGAAUGAAAGAGGCACUGGCUGUCUUCUCCGAGUCGCAGUUGCACUGAUCGCUUCAGCAGGUGGUUCCUGUUGAGGCGCUACGUGAGUGUGACGUUUAGAGCAGUGAUGCAUUUAUUCCAAAGAAAUUUAUUUUAAAUGUUUAGCUUUUUACGGGACACUGAUGACCACGUCUGUAUUUAUAGACACGUUUUCUUGGUUGUGUUAUGAAAUAUUUUUUAUUCUAUUCCAGUCAUGCAUUCAUCCUAUUUUGAUACAAGCUUGUGUUCGUGUUGUAUUUUUAUUAUUUUUACUCUUUAUAUGUAUAUGUAAAUA